AUGGUCUCUUUCACCAAGCUUUUCACUGCCGGCCUCGUCGCCACCUCGGCUAUGGCCGCCCCCAUGCAGGCCAAGCGCACUACCUCUGGUAAGCGCGGUGCUGCCUACAACGAUAUCACCACCGUGUCUGCUCUGACCAGUGGUGGCACCGUCUCGUGGGCCUACAACUGGGCCGGCUCCCUCUCUGGUUCUCUCCCCUCAGACAUCGAAUUCGUUCCCAUGCUCUGGGGCACCAAUUUCUUUGGUGCCUGGGUGACCGCCAUCGAGACCGCUUUGUCCAGCGGCAGUAGCUACAUUCUGGGAUUCAACGAGCCCGACAUGGCUUCCCAGGCUAACAUGAGCCCCGCGGAUGCUGCCAGCUACUACCAGACCUACAUCACCCCGUAUUCCGGCCAGGCGAAGCUGAUUUCCCCCGCCGUAACCUCCUCCACCGAGACCGGACUCGGUCUCGACUGGUUCGAGUCUUUCAUCGGUAGCUGCAGCAGCUGUGGUAUCUCCGGCCUCGCCGUUCACUGGUACGGUGACAAUGCCGACGAUUUCAAGACCUUCGUCACCAAGGCCGUCAACACUGCUUCCCAGUACAGUCUGUCCGAGGUCUGGAUCACCGAGUUUGCUCUCAACGCUGAUGUCAACGGCUCUGCGGACCCCGCUACUACUGCUGCUUUCCUUGACGAGGUUCUCCCUUGGUUGGAUGCGCAGACUGGUGUCACUCGCUACUCUUACUUCAUGUGCGCUGAGAACUACUUGCUCUCUGGCAGCACUCUCAACGCGGCUGGCCAAGCUUACGUCUCUGCGUAA